GACGGCCGCGGCGCGCGCAGAACGCGCGUGCGAAAAUUCCCGCCAUUCAGUGUUCGAAUUUUGAAACUUUUAUUUUUAUUCUGUGCUGUGUUUUGUGAUAUUCAAUCGAACAAAGGAAUAUUCGAAAAUAUCGAUGUUUGUGGGAAUGUAAUCGAAGAUAUUUCUACGUGUUUUCUAAAUUAAUACUUCUCAUCGGAUAACUAAAGCCGCAAAAAUGUCCAACGGUAACGCAGGAGACACCACGAAUCACGUGGAAAACGGCAUCAAUGAUGAAAUCCGCGGCACCACCUACUUCUUUUCCAGACCAAGAUCGAGCGCGACGUUGAAGCAGAGGAUACAGCUGUUCUUGUCGAUCUAUUGGAAGUCUCUGUUGAUUGUGCUCACGCCUAUUCUUCUGUUGCCGAUACCCAUUAGGAAUAAUGAGCCGGCUUUCAAAUGCAUGUACGUGGUCCUCAUAAUGGCGACCUAUUGGGUCUUAGAACUCCUGCCUCUCCCCGUGACAUCCAUGCUGCCCAUAGUCCUCUUCCCAACCAUGGGCAUCCUGGACUCAGACAAGACCUGUGCUGCAUACAUGAAGGAGACCAAUAUGAUGUUCAUGGGUGGUCUGAUGAUUGCUGCCGGAGUACAGCAUUCGAAGUUACCGAGGAGAGUUGCGUUGUGGACUGUGCAAGUUGUCGGAUGCUCUCAUAGAAGACUUAACUUCGGCCUAACUUUCGUGACCAUGUUCAUCUCGAUGUGGGUCUCCAACGCCGCCGCCACCACAAUGAUGGUGCCCAUUGUGGAAGCCAUUCUUGAAGUCCUGGAGUCCCAGGGCCUUGGCGACGUGUAUAUCAAUAGGAAGAGGCCAGAAAAUGGAAAGGAGGUUAAGGCGAAGGAUGAGAAGACUGAUGAAGAAGCCCCAAUUCCGAGCGACAUUACAAUCUGUUACUAUCUCAGCAUAGCGUACGCCUCGACCUUGGGAGGGUGUGGUACCCUAGUCGGAACUGCCACAAACUCUGCCUUCAAGGGAAUAUUCGACAGUGAGUUCCCUGAGAUCCACCACGCGGUGAACUUCUUCUAUUUCAUGGCUUACAGCACGCCGCCCAUGAUACUGAUGCAGCUGCUAGUCUGGGUGUCCUUGCAGGUCACCUUCAUGGGCAUGUUCAGGCCAAACAGCGAAGCCGCCAAGAAGGUGCAGCUGGCCUCCGGCUCCAAGGCCACGAUGAAGGUCAUCAACGAGAAGUACAAGAGCCUCGGACCCGCCACUUUCCAUGAAAAGGUUUCAGGCGGGCUGUUCAUCCUGGCAGUGUUCAUGUACAUCUUCAGAAAGCCCGGCUUCAUGCCAGGCUGGGCCGACUUGCUUACCACCAUGAAAGUGAAAGAUGGGGUGACGUCCAUGUUCAUCGUGGUCCUCAUGUUCAUUCUGCCCAUGUCCAUGGACUUCCUGAAGUUCUUCUCCGCUUCAGCUUCAUACGAGGAGCUGGCCAAGUCAAAGCCUUCCCCCGGCGUGGUGACGUGGAACAUCCUUAAGGAGAAGAUCCCGUGGGGUCUACUCUUCUUGCUGGGUGGCGGUUUCGCCCUCGCCGAGGGCAGCAAGGCCACCGGCCUGUCGGCCAUGAUCGGCAGCUCGCUGAGCGGCCUGCAGGGCCUGCCGCCCUACGUGGUGCUGCUGGUCGUGGUGGUGGUCACGCAGUUCAUCACGGAGUUCACCAGCAACGUCGCCAUCGCCAACCUCAUCCUGCCCGUGCUGGCCAACAUGGCACGCACAUUGAAGAUGGACCCGCGCUACCUGAUGAUCCCGGCCACGCUGGCGUGCUCCAUGGCCUUCCACAUGCCGGUGGGCACGCCGCCCAACGCCAUCGUCGCCGGCGUCGCGCACAUACCCACCUCUAAGAUGGCCAUCGGCGGCAUCGGCCCCAAGCUCAUCACCACCCUCGUGGUGUGGGGCUCCUACCCGCUGUACGGGGACACCCUCAUCUUCAAGCGCGAGGACAUCGCGGCGCUCCAUCUCUUCGACGACAAACCCGUCGCCGCCCCCAAGACUCCAAGCUUGCAGCUCUCCUGCAACAAUACCACAACUAAUGAUAUCUUGAAUGGCACUAACAGGUUUGGCUGUAGUUUGUCGCAAUCUAAUACGGCGUUAAAGGGUCUGAUUAAUUGUGAGUAUGUCGCUAAGAGAUAAUUUAAGGUUUCAGAAGGAUUUGCUGAAGUUUUAGGGCAGGGGUCAUCGAAUGGCGGACGGCGGUCCGCACCAGGACCGCUGACCUAUUUUGUGCUGUACGUUACAUUUGAAACUGAUUGGUGACCCCUGGUAGGGUCUAGCUUGUAUAAAUCGAAUACUUAAACUUGACCUUUAAACUACUAUCCUCCUGAGUCCCUGUCAUUUUUGCAGUUUUGAAUAUGGAAUCUUAUUCCAUUAUAGUUCAAAAUUCGAUUUGAAUUUGUCCUUUUAAAAGGACAUCGGGACUUAGGAGGCUAUAUAGACCACGCACUCUCUGUUGAGCGUUGUAAGCUCUGCCACCUUGUGGCUUACAUCGGAAAUUCAAUCUUGGCAUUGCCACUUUGCGAUAGUAAACAGAGGGCUCCUGUGCUGCCCUCUACAGUUCGGAUACGCAUCCUAUAAGACUAUGUGACAUUACAAUAAAACUCGAAAUCCAUUGUUACUUAAUUAUAUAAUUUUAAGUAUCUAACAUUCUUUCUGAUACUCGAUGUGAACGGGCCUAUUUGAGUUAAAAUAUUUUCUCAUAAUUAAAAUGUCAAGUUUCAUUCUUACCAAAAUAUUUAUUUCUACACCAAAGACCCUUUAAGCAAAUCAAUUUGGAACAAAUUGUAGUUUCUGUACGAAAAACCACCACGAUUAGUAUGUAAAAUAUUAGAAAUAACUACUACUUGCAACCAAAACAUUUCUUUUACGAUCUAAAAAUAUUUUACGAAGAAAUGAAGAACUGUAGAACUACAGGUCCAUUCACAAGAGCAUGAAUGGAACGAAUGAGCGAAUGGAAAUAUCUGUGUGUCAUAUUAACCAAUAAAAUGGCGGCUUUGACUGCAUACCGAUACACGUCACUCACACAAUAAAACUUUCGUUCACUCCAUUCGUGCCAGCUUUCGUGAAUCAACCUUUUAUCGGGAACAGUGUUGGCCGAACGUUAAUUAGAAUUGACCAUAUUGAAAAUCAACCAUUACAAAUUGAACCGUAAAUCGUAACGGACGGUUACAGUUUAAGGUUCAAUUUGUAAUGGUAAAAUUUCAAUAUGUUCAAUUCUAAUUAACGUUCAACCAACACUGAUUUGGAAAAAUCAUAUGAAAUAUCCCGGUAGACAUUUUCGCAAAGAAAUCACAUAUAAAUGCCUAGAUUUUGGCAUCAAUUUUCUAUGCAUUGAACAAGCAUUUUGUAUAGGGAACGGACAAUUUAAUUUGUUUUCUUAUUCAAAUAAUUUCAAUGGGAUACAUUUUAUAUAUUUUUGUAUUCAUGUACAAAGGUAAACUUCCCUUCCCUUCCCUUUUAGGGAAAUCGUCUAGUUAAGACAUUCAUUGCCAGCAACCCGUCAGGCGGGCGCUCAGUCCGCAGUCGCUUUUUGCUACAUACGGGUUUUCACGUGUUAUCGGCUUGCUAUCUCGCUUGUAGCGCGUAGCAGUCGCUGGCAUUGAAUGUGUUAACAUUUGCAUGAAUGUUUGAAAUCAAGGAAAACAAAAAUAAGGGAAAUAUUAUAUGCUGCAUGUUUUUUUUGUAUAUUUGGACGUAGCAAAACGGUUCCACCAUCAAAAAGUCUAUCGACUUGUUUUUGACAGAAAGCAUAAAGUACUCACUCCAUUCAUUUGUUUUCUUACUAAAACGGGUGUCGCGACUGACGAAAAGUGCUCAACAAUUUACAACUAGUAUGAUAAGCAGAAGGAGUUCCGGUUAAUCCGGUUAUAAUUUUAGCUGAAAAUCGUUGAGCAUUAGACUUUCCGUUCGUGGCGACAUCUAUUCCGCUAACUCCGCUAAAUCCGCUACUCGACGCUAGAUGUCGCCUACGAAAAUAAUAAGCGUUUUGGUAAGAAAACUGAUGUGUGACUGAUGGAGUGAGCACUCUAUGCUUACUUAUUUCUCUAUGCAGAAAGUUAGAAAUGUUAUGGGUACUUUUUUCUAAAUAUGUCCAUUAUGUAAAAAGAAAAAUUACAUCAUGCCCACCGACACAGCGGUCAAAUCAAGUCUGUUACUGCCGUGCAUUGUACCUCUCAAACGCAUGGACCGAUUUUUAGAAUGCGGUUUACGGGAAACAGAGUUUCCUUGCGAUGGUUCUUAGCUAUGUUUGAUAGAAAUCGAUCCAGCAGUUUGAAGAGUAUCAGCUCUUUUCCUAAAUGAUGUAAGGCAUUUUUGUGCAUAGGGUUUUUUUAAUUAUUAUUAAUUUAAUAGUUUUUCAAUUCCAUAUGAGCAUAAACUAACACCUUCGACGUUCUCUAAUUGCAUUUUAUACAGGUCUACGAGUAAUAGCUUAGUUAUUACUUUUUGAUACAGUUUUUUUUCAUUAAGCAACAGUUUACAAGAUGAUUAUAGAGUCAGACCAAGCUAAGUUUGCAGCGAUGUUAAUAUCACAGACGGUGCAAGUGUUGUUUUAAAUAUCAACCUUCUAUGAAAUUAUGGUGUUUACUUAACACUUACACUGUCUUAUCUCCAAAAAGGCAAAAUGUUGAUUUAUAUAUUUCGACCCAUGUUUUCUAUGGCUUUAAAAUAAAAUUUGUUUACAUGAUCUGAAUAAUCAUCUUAUUGAGUGCUAACUUGUUGAAAAUCAGUAUGUAUAUCAUUUAUUUUUAUGACUUAAGGGUCCCCAGUAAGCUCGGUUCUCCAUACAAAUGUAAUUACGCCCUCAUUUUAAAACGACUUGCUAGAUUGCUCUUAAACUUUGUACUUACAAAAGGAUAAGGUAUAUCUAGUCCUGUAAUAGAUGUAGCCAUAGAUGUUGCCAUAGUUAAAAAAAUACAGCAAAUUUAAGUUUCUCAUACGUAACCUGUUUUUGCUAUAUUUAAUUUGUUUUUUAAACUAAUUACAGGCAUAGAUAUACCUUAUGUUAUUGUAUGUGCAAAGUUUCAUUAGAAUCCAACAAGUAGUUAUAAAAUAAGAACUAAACUCCGUUUGAAUGGGAAGGUGAAAUUCGGCCGAGCUCGCCGAGGACUCUAAUGACCCGCUGUGAUGGAUUUAAUAGACCUAUUUCCGAAUGCUUUUUCUAUAUGUCAAUAGAUAUGAAGAAAUACGAAUCAAUGGUUGAUCUAUUCGCCAAUAAGUAGUUGAUAUUGAGGAGUACAGUCGCCAUCAGAUAUAUCGGAGCGGCCAAAGUGUUCACAAUAUCUGAACACGCACUAACGCCAUGGCAAUAGAGGCGCGUUCAGAUAUUUGUGAGCACCUUGGCCGCAUCUAUAUAACUUAUGGCGACUUAGCGUAGGUUUUAUUUUAUACCAAAGAGUUAUUUAUUGUAGAACAGUUGUUAAGUAAGAAAAAAAUCUGCUGACUGUUGACAUAGAUGUCGCUUUACGGGUCCGUAUAUUAUGGGGUACCUCUGGUUGUCAAGAGUUAGUCAAUUUAUUUUAGUUACCAUAGAAUAUGUCGCCGUAAAGAGCUAUCUACUUACGCUAUUUUGCUUGAGUACUGUUCUACAAUGAAUAAGACUUUGAUUUAUGUACGCCGGCGUCCGAUCGUAAAAUUAGCAAGAUCAUGAAAUUCUUAGGCAUAUCGUGAAUCGUGAAAAUCAUUUUCUCGUGCCCCGCGGGCUCCUGUUUCUGGUUAUAUGUGACCAUUACAAACGAACUUUACGAUCGGCCGGAUUUUAUGAUCGGCCACUUACAUUUAUAUUUAAACGAAUUAUGAUUGAAUGAGUUUGGUGGUAGGGUGGUAUACUGUUUCAUACUCAUUUUAUUGACGCUUUAUUUGGUGCCACAAUCGUGAAGUCUAUGCUCAAAUAACUUAAUUGAUGUGAAACUUCAAUUGAUUAACCUUUUUGACGCCAAUGACGGAUAUAUCCGCACCGUAGGUACAACGCCGAAGACGGAUUAAUUUAUUACAGACCACAGAGCAACAUAGACCUAGGUGGAUUAUGCAUAAAGUUCAAUUUCAGUUAAGACACUUCGGUGACGUGGCGUCCGUUAAAAAAAUAAAUUAGUAGAGUACAUCUAAACUGCUUCUGAACUCUGCAAAGACUUUGUUGUGACGAAGUGUCCAUACCCUAGUUUACAGUCGGACUAAUCACGCGAAAAAUUUGGUUGUAAUAACUUUAUAUUUGUGCGCUAGGGUAUCGAUCAGUGUUGGCCGAAAGUUAAUUAGAAUUGACCUUAUUGAAAAUUAACCAUUAAAAAUUGAACCGUAAAUCGUAACGGUUUACGGUUCAAUUUGUAAUGGUUAAUGUUCAAUAUUGUCAAUUCUAAUUAACGUUCGGCCAACACUGGUAUCGGUAAUACCAUAAUAAACGUCAUAUCUUCAUAGAACCUCUUACAUUUAUGGUGCCAUUUUCAAAGUCUGUGGUCGUCAUUUUCAAAGUCAAUCGAAAGUUAUUUCUGACCAUUUUAUGUGUCAAUUUGUUACAGAAAUAGAAUUGAUAUUAAUAACAAGAGUUAAAUCCGAUAGGGGUAUAUUUAUUGACAAACACUUAUAUAUAAAGUCAAGAUAUAUUUUCGAAAAUACAUUAAGACCAAAAAUUUAAAUUUAUUUUUCGAAACUUAUAGCCCAAAUCAUAGUCAUUAAAUGAAUAUGUUAUGUUAUGGUAGCAUAAUUGUGAUACCUAAAGCUGUUUAAAAUAAUUUUGUAUAUUAAGUGCCUUAAGCAAAUCUCUAUUUUUUACACAAAACAGAAUUGAGUUGACUAUUUUUGAUAAUAGCCAAAUCCUUCUUAGAAUUGCAAUAGUACAUUACAAUAGAGGCCGGGAAACGUAGGGUUGCAGGCCAAGUAGAUAUAUAGUAAUAUACGCGGCCGGCAACCCCGUUUCUCGCCGAGAUAUGUAUAGUGCUUUUCUCAAACUUGCAAUUAAAACAAAAAAUUGUAGUCAAUUUGUUUUAUGGCGACCUACUCGGCUCGCCACUGUAUCAGCGGUGUACAAACUUGCGCGCGUAAGUCCGCGCGCCUGCGCGAUGCGCCACCGCCGUUGCUUAGCAACGAAUAUGCACAACAAAUCCCCGUACCAAGCUAACUGAAGCUAGUUGAUGGUUGGAUACCAAGACGUUGUGUCACAACUUUACAGUCCUAGGUGUGUAAGGCAGUAUGAAAUUCCUUUACAUAUCAUCUUCACUCAUCGCACCUGAUAUGUAGUAUUUCCGGACCUAAUUUGACGUAAGUCAUGUCAUCAUUUCAUAGCAAGUUUGAGAAAAUAUAUAUUGCAUCUCAUAUUUUUUAUUUGUAAUAUUUAAUAUCGUAAGGUUUGUCAGUCAACUCAUCAUAAAAAAAUGUCUUAAGCUGCCAGAGAAAAAAGUUGCAUUUCAGAAUUAAAUUGGUACAAAUGUAAUACAUUUUAAUUGUUUUUAAAAGUGCAAUAAGUUUUAGGCGCUGUUGCGAGUUGCCAUAAUAGUUGCAAAAUAUUUAGCACAGGUUUUUGCUUUUGCUUAUAUAGCAACACUAACUGAUCAUAUUUUAUACCUUCUGUUUUUGUAAUGGUUGUAAAGCCAUAACCUUUCAUGUGUGUGGUGGUCAAAAUCUCGGGUUCAAAGUUUGGUUGUGCUGAUUAGAAAAAAUCUUAUUUGAAAAAGUGGAAAGACAUUACUAAAAAUUCGAUCAGGACCAUACACAUAAGAGGUUAAGCAGCGGAUAAUGUGUUGACUUGGGCAAACUGUUUAAUUCGAGUCGAUGACAAAUGUAUUUUCAUUUGACAGUGAUUUUUUUUAAAAUUAUGUUAGUUGAGCGCCUGGCGUGUGAAUGUGUAGAUGUUUUUGGAGGCGAGAAGUCUCAAAACUACUGUAGAUAUAUUAUAUUGAGACGAUAAAUAAAUAUGUUUAGUUUUUGUACAAAUGCUUUUCAUUGUGGCAAUAAAAAUACUAACUUUAAAAGGAGUAAAUACUAGUAUUUGAUGAAUUGUUAACGGCCACAACGAAAUUUGCCGCAACUUUUGAGUGUUUUUGGCAAAUAAUUAUUAGUUGUAGGAGAGGUUUACAGUUUAAGCAAAAUUUUACGGUAAUUCAGACUAUCGAAAAUUGACGAUUUAAAAUCCGGAUAACACAAACGUUUGUGAUCGUUGUAACAGCGCUGUCAAACUGGAGAUAAAUUUUUUUUUAGACUAUACAAUUCCUUUACAAUAUAUAUGUCUAAUUUUUAGCAUGUACUUUGCUGCGUGAUCUUUUUUUUAAAUAUUUGAAUAAAAGUUGGUUGCACUUUUCUGUCUCAGUUCGAUCUAUGUUUUAAAGACUGUUGGAAGAAAACUAUAUUUUGUAUUAUUGUAUAUGCCUAUAUUGUAAUCAUAUAUUAUUUGUUGUCUCAGGUGUAGAUGUAGUUGAAAUUAUUUGAGGUACCCACACACAAUAUUUUAACCUAAAAAUAAGUUUUGGGUUUCUGCCACUUCAAAUUAUUUCAAAUAUUAAAACUAAUGGGGUUGGCAACUGUCAAAGGUUUGCAUAGAUGGCGCCAUCAUAGCUUGCCCCUGUCUCUAGUUUUGUUCUAUGAGAUUUGGCUUAAAGUACUGGAAUCCAGGUCACUAAAUUCCAAAAAAAAAACAAGAAUUUGACACAAUUCUAGGGAUUGACAGGGCAAGCUAUGAUGGCGCCAUCUGUUUAAUACUUCGACCGGCCAACCCCAUUGUGUAAAUAGAAAAACUGAUUUGUAUUGUUGUUAUUUAAGAAAUAAAUGGUUGAAAUUUUUA